AUGGCGCAAAACAACCAACCCGCUAGUUUCGAGGAAAGCACUCCACCAACGCCGGUCUAUUCUCAGCCGCUCAUGACUCAUGCACCGCUACCACCAACCCCUGCGGGCGCGCCUCCGACACACUCGGGAGUAGUUCCGCCACCAGUCCCAUCGCCGGAAACUCGAGCACCGUCCACCUCCACUGAUGGUGCCCGCAUCGUCACAUUGGAAGGCGACAUCACCACAUUGAGGGGUACGAUCAACCAGAUGGUUGCUGACAUGGCCGAGCUCAUGGCCUUGCUCAAGGGCCCAAACCGCGCCUCCUCAAACUCUACUCCGCCUCCAGGGUACGGGCCAACGGUCGACCCAAACCCUUGGGUCCCGCCGACCCAUGCUCCGGAAGGUGUUGAAGCACCUGCAAUACACGCACCGACGGGUCACCCGGCCAGUGUCCCUUCGCCAUCGGUGACUCUCUCGGCGGUCAUUCCUCCUCCACCGUCGGAUCCGACCACUCUUGUACCGCCGCCAAUGUCCAUACCGGUUUCGGCUCCUGUUUACGCAGCUCCUCCGCCGAUGGUCUUCCCGGUACCAAACCUCCACGCUCCAGUUUUUACAUCCGAGCCUCUCGCAUUCCAAGCUCCACAACCCCAUAUCAGCUUCUCCUACCCAGCACCACCUCCCGUAAAUAUCCCUGUCUCUGAACCAAACACGCCAACUCAGGCGGCCUUCGCAGCUCCACCAACAAAUUGUCUCCUAGAGACGGAGGUCGAGCAAGAGUAG